CCAAGCCUGGCGGUAGCGAGAACCGUGGAGCGGCCUGCUGGGCGCUGCUCCUUGCUCGGGAGGCUGUAGGGAAGCGGAGAGGUCGCCAUUCCGUGGCCAAGAUGUCGUACAUGCUCCCGCAUCUCCACAAUGGCUGGCAGGUGGACCAGGCCAUCCUUUCGGAGGAGGACCGCGUGGUAGUCAACCGGUUUGGGCAUGACUGGGAUCCCACAUGCAUGAAAAUGGAUGAAGUUCUCUACAGCAUAGCUGAAAAGGUUAAAAAUUUUGCAGUUAUUUAUCUUGUGGAUAUCACGGAAGUCCCUGACUUCAACAAAAUGUACGAGUUAUACGACCCUUGUACAGUCAUGUUUUUCUUCAGGAACAAGCACAUCAUGAUCGACUUGGGCACUGGCAACAACAACAAGAUUAACUGGGCCAUGGAGGACAAGCAGGAGAUGAUAGACAUCAUAGAGACCGUGUACCGAGGGGCACGCAAAGGCCGGGGGCUGGUUGUGUCUCCAAAGGACUACUCCACCAAGUACAGAUACUGAGCCCUGGUGCCUCGCCACCUGGAGACUAUUGAGAGCCUUGGGAAGUUGCUGGAGGGCGUGGGCAGCGCAAGGAGCUGAGUAACCUUAAAUUCUCAGUCUGCCUGUGUGCUGUAUUUUUAUAUUGGCAAAUAUUUGUAAAUACCUAACUGAAGUAAAUAAAAUACGAGGUUAUGCUU